AUGAAAGAUAAAUCUGUUAAGAAAAAGUUGGCGCCAGAAAAAGAAUUAGGUCUUGGUGAACCCUACUGGCCUCAGGGAGACUGGGUAUUCUUGAGGACGAUGUUUCCGACCACAACCGUUAAGAAUUAUCGCGGAACUACAACCAACCCCAUGGGUCGAACAUGUGAUAGGAUUUGCAAUCAUUAUUAUGAACAGUACGGGAAAAUUUGUGCUCAUCGUUACAAUACGAAAAAGUGGCAAAAUGAAUAUAGGAAUUUUACUAACCUCUGUGACUUAGAUCACGUGAACUGUAACGACACACAAAUCAAGCCGAGUUGGCAUCUGCUACACAGAGGUGACUGCGAAGAAUUGAAAGAGAUGGUGUUGCUUCCACGAGGGAACCCUAAGACUAUAUUGGCCAGAGCCAAAAAAUGGGCCCCUUACACAUACAUACCAAAAUUCCAACCAAAGAGACCGAUUAAAUUAAAAUAG